CAGACAGAGAAGGUCGGUUCAGCAGGAAAGAAAUCCGUAGGGAGCUUCAGCCUUCUAUGUGAAGGGAAAGUGGAUUUGGGGCAAAGAGGUGGAGGAAGAGGGGGUGAGGCCGGUCUGUCUGGAGUAGGCAACCAGGGAAGAGACAGCAAUCAUGGAGCCUGCUUCUGCCCUGGAUGAUAGCCUGAAGAAAAAGCAACAGAAGGAAAAGGCUAAGAAAGCAGCAUUAGAACUUCCCCCUCGGCCUCCUCGGUCUCUACUCUGUCUCACUCUCCAGAACCCAGUGCGCAAGGCCUGUAUUGCUAUUGUCGAAUGGAAGCCUUUUGAAACCAUUGUCCUGCUGACCAUCUUUGCUAAUUGUGUGGCCUUGGCUCUAUAUCUGCCCAUGCCUGAAGAUGACACCAACAAAAUGAACUCUAGACUGGAGAAGCUAGAAUACUUCUUCCUCAUAGUAUUUGCCAUUGAAGCAACACUAAAGAUCAUUGCUUAUGGAUUUCUAUUUCAUGCAGAUGCCUACCUCCGAAAUGGCUGGAAUGUACUGGAUUUCACAAUAGUCUUUUUAGGUGUUUUCACAGUGAUCCUGGAAAAAAUCAGUGUAAUUGAAGGGGCACUUCUUAGCGGGCAGGGUGGUUUUGACGUCAAAGCCCUGAGAGCCUUCCGAGUGCUGAGGCCCCUACGCCUGGUGUCAGGAAUACCAAGUCUGCAAGUGGUGCUGAACUCUAUUGUCAAGGCUAUGUUGCCUCUGUUCCACAUUGCAGUGCUGGUUGUCUUCAUGCUCACCAUCUAUGCCAUUAUGGGACAGGAACUCUUCAAGGGCAAGAUGCAUAAGACCUGUUACUACAACGGGACAGACAUCAUUGCUACUGUGGAAAAUGAAAAACCAUCUCCAUGUACAAGUGCAGGCCAUGGCCACCAAUGUACCAUUCCUGGCUCGGAGUGCAGGGGGAAGUGGCCUGGACCCAACAACGGCAUCACCCAUUUUGACAACUUUGGGUUUGCUAUGCUAACUGUCUACCAGUGUAUUUCCAUGGAAGGAUGGACUCAAGUUCUCUAUUGGGUAAAUGAUGCCAUUGGGAAUGAAUGGCCCUGGAUCUACUUUGUCAGCCUCAUCUUACUGGGAUCAUUUUUUAUCCUUAACCUGAUCCUGGGUGUGCUGAGUGGAGAGUUCACAAAAGAGCGUGAGAAAGCCAAAUCAAGGGGUACCUUCCAGAAACUGAGAGAAAAGCAGCAACUGGAUGAGGACAUGAAAGGUUACAUGGACUGGAUUGUCCAUGCAGAAGUCAUGGAGAGUGAACGGAAACGUGGGGAAGGGAUGAUGUCUGAAGAUGAAGGUGGCUCAGAGACAGAAAGCCUGUAUGAGCUUGAGGGCAUGAAUAAAUUCAUUCUGUUUUUUCGGCACUGGCGACGAUGGAACCGUCUUUUCCGCAGGAAAUGCCGAGAGGUGGUGAAGUCCAGAUUUUUCUAUUGGUUAGUGAUCCUGAUUAUCGCCUUGAACACAUUCUCCAUUGCCUCUGAGCACCACAAUCAACCCGACUGGCUAACCCAGGCCCAAGAUGUUGCCAACCGGGUGCUUCUUGCCCUUUUUACGGUUGAGAUGAUUCUGAAGAUGUACGCCCUUGGUCUCCGCCAGUAUUUCAUGUCCCUCUUCAACCGUUUUGAUUGCCUGGUAGUGUGCACUGGCAUUCUAGAGAUCAUAUUAGUAGAGAGUGCCUCCAUGAGCCCCUUGGGCAUCUCCGUAUUGCGGUGCAUUCGCCUGCUGAGGCUCUUCAAAAUAACCAAGUACUGGAGAUCUCUAAACAACUUAGUGGCAUCUCUGCUCAACUCUGUCCGCUCCAUUGCCUCCCUCCUUACUCUCCUCUUCCUCUUCAUGGUCAUCUUUGCCCUAUUAGGGAUGCAGCUUUUUGGAGGGAAGUUUGACUUUGAUGACGUAGAGAUACGGCGUAGCACCUUUGAUAAUUUCCCCCAGGCCCUCAUCACUGUCUUCCAGGUGUUGACCGGUGAAGACUGGACUUCUGUAAUGUACAAUGGGAUUAUGUCUUAUGGAGGGCCAAGCUACCCUGGUAUGCUGGUCUGCAUUUACUUCAUUGUUCUCUUUGUCUGUGGAAACUAUAUCCUGCUCAAUGUAUUCUUAGCUAUUGCUGUUGAUAAUCUUGCUGAAGCAGAAACAUUGACUUCUGCCCAGAAAGCCAAAGCUGAGGAAAAGAAAAGGAAGAAGCUGGCCAGAGGUUAUCCUGAGAAAUCUGAAGAGGAAAAACAGUUGUUGGCGAAGAAGCUUGAACAGAAAGCCAAGGGAGAAGGAAUGCCCACCACAGCCAAGUUGAAAGUGGAUGAAUUUGAAUCAAAUGUCAAUGAAAUCAAGGAUCCUUAUCCCUCUGCUGACUUCCCAGGUGACGAUGAGGAGGAUGAGCCUGAAAUCCCACUGAGUCCUAGACCACGCCCCCUGGCAGAGCUGCAAUUGAAAGAGAAGGCUGUGCCCAUGCCUGAAUCUAGCGCAUUCUUCAUCUUCAGCCCAACCAACAAGAUCCGUGUACUAUGCCACCGAAUUGUCAAUGCCACUUGGUUCACCAACUUCAUCCUUCUCUUCAUCCUGCUCAGCAGUAUCUCACUCGCAGCUGAAGAUCCAAUACGGGCAGAGUCCUUCAGGAACAAGAUUUUAGGUCAUUUUGACACUGGCUUCACUACUGUGUUCACAGUGGAAAUCGUUUUAAAGAUGACUGCUUAUGGUGCUUUCCUUCACAAGGGGUCCUUCUGCCGCAACUAUUUCAACAUCCUGGACUUGCUUGUGGUUGCUGUAUCCCUCAUCUCCAUGGGACUUGAGUCCAGUGCCAUCUCAGUGGUGAAAAUCCUAAGGGUUCUCAGAGUACUGCGGCCACUGAGAGCCAUUAACAGAGCAAAGGGACUAAAGCAUGUAGUCCAGUGUGUAUUUGUGGCUAUCAAGACCAUUGGCAAUAUUGUACUUGUCACUUUCUUGCUGCAGUUCAUGUUUGCCUGCAUUGGUGUUCAGCUCUUCAAGGGCAAGUUUUUCUACUGUACGGAUACGACCAAGAUAACUGAAUCUGAAUGCUGGGGAUACUUCAUUACAUAUGUUGAUGCUGAUCCAACCCAGAUUGUACUGAAUCAGAGGAUGUGGCUCCAAAAUGAGUUCCACUUUGACAAUGUUUUCUCAGCCAUGAUGUCUCUCUUCACUGUAUCCACCUUUGAGGGAUGGCCUAAGCUGCUGUAUCGAGCAAUUGAUACCCACACUGAGAACAUGGGCCCCAUAUACAACUAUCGCAUGGGCAUUGCUAUCUUCUUCAUCAUCUAUCUCAUCCUCAUAGCCUUUUUCAUGAUGAACAUCUUUGUAGGCUUUGUUAUCGUUACCUUCCAGGAGCAGGGUGAGACAGAGUACAAAGACUGUGAAUUGGACAAGAACCAGCGCCAGUGUGUCCAGUAUGCACUGAAAGCACGGCCUCUGAGAUGCUACAUUCCUAAAAACCCUUACCAGUACCAGAUAUGGUAUCUGGUGACCUCCUCUUACUUUGAGUACCUCAUGUUCUUCCUGAUUAUGCUGAAUACCGUCUGCUUGGGCAUGCAGCAUUAUAAUCAAUCAGAGACGAUGAAUCAGGUCUCAGAUGUCCUCAAUGUGGUUUUCACCAUCCUGUUCACUGUGGAGAUGAUCGUUAAACUUAUAGCUUUCAAGGCUAAGGGCUACUUUGGGGAUCCUUGGAAUGUUUUUGAUUUCCUCAUAGUAAUUGGCAGCAUCAUUGAUGUCAUCUUGAGCCAGAUCGAUACGAGUCCGCCUGCGCUCCAAGGAUACAGCUCUGCUGGAGAAGCCACACCACAGGUUCCUGCUAUAGAUCCUGAUGAAACUGGCCGCAUUUCCAUCACUUUUUUUAGGCUUUUCCGAGUCCUGAGGCUGGUAAAACUGCUGAGUCGAGGAGAAGGCAUUAGAAAUUUACUUUGGACAUUUAUCAAGUCCUUCCAGGCACUGCCUCAUGUGGCCUUGCUGAUUGUAAUGUUGUUCUUUGUCUAUGCUGUCAUUGGAAUGCAGAUGUUUGGGAAAAUUGCUCUGGUGGAUGGUACCCAAAUAAAUCGGAACAACAACUUCCAGACCUUCCCACAAGCAGUGUUGCUGCUGUUCAGGUGUGCAACAGGCGAAGCCUGGCAGGAGAUCAUGCUGGCUGCGAGCUAUGGGAAGAAGUGUGACUCUGAAUCUGACUUUGCUCCUGGGGAGGAAUAUUCUUGUGGCUCUGGCUUUGCUUAUUUCUACUUUAUCAGCUUCUACAUGAUAUGUGCAUUCCUGAUUAUCAAUCUUUUUGUCGCUGUCAUCAUGGACAAUUUUGACUACCUCACGAGGGAUUGGUCCAUACUAGGCCCACAUCAUCUGGAUGAAUUCAAAAAAAUCUGGGCGGAAUAUGACCCUGAAGCCACGGGCCGCAUCAAACAUCUGGAUGUGGUGACUCUUUUGAGACGAAUCCAGCCUCCCUUGGGCUUUGGGAAAUUUUGUCCACAUCGUGUGGCUUGCAAGCGCCUGGUGGGGAUGAACAUGCCCCUGAAUAGCGAUGGUACAGUUACUUUCAAUGCUACACUCUUUGCUCUGGUGAGAACUGCGCUCAAGAUCAAGACUGAAGGAAACUUUGAAAAAGCCAAUGAAGAGCUGAGAAUGAUUAUCAAAAAGAUCUGGAAAAGAACCAGCAUGAAGCUCUUGGAUCAAGUCAUUCCACCAAUUGGAGAUGAUGAGGUGACUGUGGGCAAGUUCUAUGCUACCUUCCUCAUCCAGGAGCACUUCAGAAAAUUCAUUAAGCGUCAGGAAGAGUACUAUGGAUACCGACCCAAAAAGAACGCUGUUGAAAUCCAGGCUGGCCUGAGGACCAUUGAAGAGGAGGCCGCUCCUGAGAUCAAAAGAGCCAUCUCUGGGGACUUGACUGCAGAAGAAGAACUUGAGAGAGCCAUGGUGGAAGCAGCAAUGGAAGAAGGGAUCUAUAGGAGGACAGGUGGUUUGUUUGGCCAAGUUGACACCUUCAUGGAACCUAGCAGCCCCCUACCACCCCAUGUGGCUAGCCAGAGACCUCUGCAGUUCACUGAGAUGGGAAGUGAAGAUUUGGAUUCCCCCGUGUUUCUCGAUGAAAUCCCCCAAAGAGGGAACACCAAUACCAACAACAGCAACAGCAAUGCCAACAACAGUGUGACAGCAAGGAUGACAUAUGAGGACGAAUUGAGGGGCGAGAUGAGAUUACCUUCAUCUCAUCAGCUAUCACACAGAGCCAACAAAUGUUCCAUUCAGCUUGAAAAGGAGCAAAGGAAAAGGAGUGUGUUGCCAGCAUCUGGUGUGAAGACCAAUCCAAUUCUACAGUUUUCCAGCCAGCAGACGCCCUUUGCCUUGCAUGAGGCAGUUGAUGAUGAAGCACCUCAGCUGACAAGCAGCAGUGAAGGAAAUGGAUUAAGAGACAUGGAAGCCUCCACCCCAGUCACUAUCCAGUUCAUCCAGGAGGCUCUGACCUCCGGGGGACUUGGCUCCUUAGCGAAAGACUAUUCCUUUCUGAAACUGGCAAGAGACGAGAUGGCUGCUGCCUUCCAGGUGGAGGUGCCCGAGAUGGAAGAAGUUGCUGCCACAUUGUUGAAAAGAGGGAAAAUCUCAACUACAUCUUUGUAACAGGCCCACAGCAUGGCCAUUCCAAACACAAAACUCUAAGAUAUUGCCCUCAGCCUUUUUGUUUUGAGGAGUGCUCCUAUGCCAUUUUACCAACUUGUCUAUUUUUGGGUGGUUACUGUGAAAACCCUGCACUGUUGACCUUUGAUUGGUUGCUACUACAACAUGGCUGGCAUGUGACAGAGAUGGCAGAAGAAAAUAUUCAGAAUCUUUCCCCCAUGGCUGUUUAAAAAUAACUUUUUAGGAAAGGGUUCCCAGGAUGUUUGCAAUGGGUCUCAACGGGAUCUGUCUCAUAAGAGUCUCUAUACUCCAAGAAGAUCUAUAGUUUGAAAGACAGAUAGAUCCUUACAUGUUCCCACUGCAUCAUUUCAAGAUUCUGCCCUACUUCAUUCCCCGCCCUCCCGGCACAUUUACAAAUGUCUUGAAAACUGCCCUCUAAUGACAUUGGGGAAGAAAAUAAAAGUGAUUAAAACCUAGCACUUUUAGUAAACUGAAAAAGCCAAGAACUAUGUUUUUAUUUAUCAUUAUAAAUUGAUGUAUACAUUUAUACUGACGUAUUUACAUUAUAUAUUUGUUUAUACAUAUAUCUUACUGUAAAAAAACAUGCACUGGAGGACCUGGAAGGCACUACAUGAAUACCUCCCAACAUAUGCCCCCCCCCCAAUGUAGCAAGACAAUCAAAAUAUGUAACAGCUAAACAAAUAUCCCUUACACAAUGCAAACAUGGGAAGGGAGAAUUUGCUGCAGAAAUGUAUGAUGCUGAUUUGCAGAUUAAUUAAAAGCAGACAAAUCAUUAACAUACAUGUGCUGAAACACCUCACAUCUCAGAAGAUCACCUGGACUUUCCAAAAGCAAAUUGAAAUAAAUACUUUUGAAAGCUGCUCAGGCUACAGCUUGGUGUGUCAGGAUCACAGUAUUCU